GGGUGUUUAUUGUAGAUCUAGAUAGAAAGCACCUGGUAUCCAUAUCCUCCCGUCUUUGCCUCUAGGGCUUGAGGACUGGAUGGAGGACGUCAUUGGAAACCCGAAUUAAGGUUUGAGAACUUAUGCACCAUUAGAAAUCAACAUCCAGCGUGUCGUAUCGUACGUGCACACGAUGAUAGAUUGAUCCAUCAAUACUUGCACACAAUCGCAGCAUAUAUAUUUCCGUGUCCUCUUCCUUUCUCUCAUCAUACCUUCUCGUCUGACCACCAUCGAUCUCAUUAUCGCCGUCUUCACCCAAACUCCCCUGGCACGCACAAACCGCAAAGCCGCAGAAAUCCCAGCACCUACCCACCAGGUACCUAACAGCACAUUCCCAGACCGGCUAUCAACACAACCGGCAUCCGUCUAGCCCAACUCCAACCCCUCACAGCUGUCUUUCGCUCUCGGAAUCCACGGAAGUGUCACUUGUGUCCAUUCUCCAUUGCCAACCCAUUUCAAAGCAGACAGACAAACAAGCCAAACCACAUCUAUUAAAAAGCAAAGAAGAGAAAGAAACUUAUUUCCUUACUUACUACUACCUACACACUCUCCCAAUUUCUUCAUCUAUUCAUCCUCGCAUUGCCACCAUAAAUCUGCAAUAAAUUACAUAAAUUACAAGAAAUAUAAAUAAAUUAUCCAAAGCAAUCGCUGUAUUCUCUUAUAUCCGCUCUAUCUCCUCAUUACAUAUCUCACAUCCAAGUAUCGAAUCAACUUGGAGGAAAAAGAAAGGAAAAAACAAAAACAAAAAAAGCGCCAGCCUGCGUGAAAACGGACUCUUGCAUUUCUGAUUUCGAUUCUUCCCUUCGCAGAGGGGAAAGUGUGAGUCUGAGCAUUGCAUCGCUUUUCUUUGUUGUGUAUCUGGAGAUACAUAGAUAGGUAUAUAUACUGAGCUACAUACGUAUAUCCUUUACACAUAUAUAUACGACUACGACUACUACUCCUACCACCACCACCAAAGUAAAUCUUCUUUGGCUAACGGCUUGGGAUUGAGGUUCCUUCACAUUUACAUUGUUCUCUUCGAGAUCGUUUCUGCAGUGCAUUGGGAACGAAAUCGAUCUCGACAUCAAAUUCCGAAUUGGGAUUGAAAUUGCAAUUGAAACCGGAUUGGGGAUUUGGGGGAUUGGGGAAUUCGAUUUUCUCGUCGACGGUAUCGGCUGGGGAUAUCUUUAUACUUUAUUCUUAUUUUUCUAUUUCUGUUUUAUUUGUUCAUCGAUUUAUAUAUACCAGCAAUGACACGAUUACUAUCAAGGAGUUCUCUCACCUCAUCCCGCUCCACGACCCUCCUAAUCGCUUUCCUCUCUCUAACAUCCAACACCCUCUCUUCCAUCUUCUUCCACCAACUUCCCGACGAGCCAUUCCACCUCGCCGUUAACUAUGGAUUGUAUCUACAUUUUGCAAAUGUCAUGAGUGUUUUUGGGGUCAUUGGGGCUUUGAGGAAACACUCCCUCUCCAUCCUCUGUUUCUCAAACUAUCUCCUCCUCGACACGCUCCUCAGCGCCAUCCCCCGUCUCCUCCUCCUAACUCUCCUCUCCAAUUCCUCUUCUAUCCUUUGCACGCCCUCCUCAACCACCUCUCUUGAUUUCGCCACCGUCACCCAACCUCCACCCCUGUCGCAAGAUUCGCAAGAAAUAAGUCUCGCUUCCUACAGCAUCUCUACCAGUAUCCCCGCAUCGUCGCAUAUGGCUUCGUUUGCGGAUUUUGUCGGCAACACCGGAGGGGAUGAUGGAUGGACCGAAAGUGGAUGUAAGAGGAUUAUUACGUUGGGAUAUAUAACGUUGAUUGCGGGGGUGAUGGUAGCCAUGGGACUGCAGGUUUUGGGCGCGCUUUGUGUGAGAGAUUACGCGAGGGUGUUGUUUGUGAAUGAGGAGAUGAGGAGUGAUGGUGGAGAGUGGGAAAGGGAGAUGGGGGAUAGGGAAAGGGAAAGAGGGGACGUAGAGAGGGGGGAGAAGGUGAAGGUGGUGGAGAGGGAGGGGUUUAGACCACUCUUGGUAUUGGAAAGGGAGAGGGGCGAAGACUUUAGGAGGAUGACGCCGAUUGUGGAGGAGAGGGAAUACUUUUAAAUGAUGAAAGUGAUUGAGGAAGUAGUGGCGGCAGGAGACGAUGAGACGAGAAUCUCUAUUUACAUACCCAAGGGGUACAUCACCCGAGGAUAUGAAUCAUGCAGUCAAACGAGACAGGAAGACAUGAACCCGAAAUAGUGAAAUUGUAUUUUACGAAAGAAAGUAGAAGAAGCCUGCAGAUGACGAACGACACACGAAGCGAGCUUUGGAUUGCCAUGAUUGGGCCUGUAUAUAUCAUUGGAGGAAAACAUAUAGCAUAUAGCACGCAUGAAAACACGAAGUAUGAAUAUGGGGAGGGGAUAGGGCGCUCAUUUAGAUACCAUUAUAUUACUACCGUUACCAUUGGGGAAGAAAGAAAGAAAGAAGAAUAAGCGUAAUAAUGAAUUAAGAAUAUGUACAUGUAUACA